GCCGCCACCGCCACCGCCGGCACGAGCCGCCAGCGGAGCGGAGAAGAUGUGGAAUUAUCUUUCUUCCUUGACGUUCGGUACCACUGUCCCUAUCGAGAUUUUAAAGGUCGUGGCAACUGGCACCAUCUGGACUGCUUAUUUUAGUGUAUUAGGUCGAACUAUACUUGGACACGGAUGGUACAAAGUUGCUGUUGUUAUUGGGAUCGGAUGCAUAUGGCUCGUGGCAGCUUAUUUUAUUUGUUAUCGAUUUUGUCAAAUGAUCUACCAGCACUACCACCAGCCGCCUCCGAGGACGACGCAACAUGAGCAGCAGAUAACGCCAGUGAUAGUGCAGUAUCAGCAGCGGAGCGAAGACCAUCUGCUGCGGAUUAUGGAGCGGAACGAUGACCAUCUGCUGCGGAUUAUGGAGCGGAUCACCGAGGGUUUGCUGCGGAUAGUUCAGCGGAUCAUUAUGCAUCAGCAGCGGAGGAGGAGGCGGAGGCGGAGGCGGUCGAUGAUGCAGCGGAGGCGGCAGGAUGAGAUGAUGCACUAUCAGCGGCGGUUGCGGCUCUUUCCGACCUCCCGCCUACUGCUGUCUGUCGCCGUCGUCUUCAGCCUGCAACUCCAUCCGCCGCCUGUCUCCUGCACGCAGCACCCUGACUUUAUUUAUUUUUGGUUGUGUAUAUAUAUUUGUGAAUAGAAGUAAUCAAAUUUACUAGUAUAAAAUUAAUUUAUGGCUAA